UGCGACACGCCUUUUGAAAGCGUUGCUGCCGCUCCUACCUGUUACCGCUUCUGCGGAAUGCGCGUGCGUAAAGUUUGACCAGCAGUUCGUGAAAGUUGGAUAUGUGGCCGUUGUCGAGGCAUCUAUCAGCUUUGCUCCUGCUAGUUGCCUUCUGUGCAAUUUCCAGUCACGGCCAACAUGACGUCACCUGGUGCACUGUUAGUGAUGCAGAACACCUGAAAUGCACAGAGUUUGCUGAAGCAGUGCGUGUAAGCCGCCUAUUCUCUCUAACACUCAAAUGCAAGCGGGCUGCAUUCAAGGAUCAGUGCAUGAAUUUUCUGGAUAAUGGUCAAGCCAACCUGGUGGAACUUGACCCUGGCGAGGUCUACACGGCUGGGCGUUUUCACAGUGUUAUCCCUAUCUUGGCUGAACGCUAUGGCAAAGAUAGAGACGCUGGCUACUACUCAGUGGCUGUCAUUCACGCCCAGUCGGAGAUUCGCUCACUGAAUGAUCUGAGGAACAAGUCUGUCUGCUUUACCAGUGUGGGCGACAUGGCCGGCUGGGUGGUUCCCAUGGCGACACUGAUCCACGAGAACAUCUUAGAAGUAACUGACUGCAACAACCUUGUCAAAAGUGCUGCUUCAUUCUUUGGCCCAAGCUGUGCACCAAACUCUUUGAUUGAUAAGCACAACCCUACAGGUGACAACCCACCGAAGAUGUGCGAAUUGUGCAUGGGGCACCCAGGUGAGCGAUGCUCGGGCAGUGACCCAUUUGCUGGCUACCAGGGCGCACUGCACUGCCUCAUGGAAAAGGGGGAAGUAGCCUUUGUGAAGCACACUACACUGGAUGAAAUGUUCCUUGGUCAGCCGCCUCCAAAUCGGUUCCGACUUCUUUGUCCAAGUGGUGAGACAGCCCUGCCGGACCAAUACCACACCUGUAACUGGGGCAGGGUACCACCAAAUGUGGUUGUCACAACUUCAGACACACUGCCUCGAGUUCGUGUGCAGUACCAAGAGUUCCUUAAGCUGGCAGUGCAAACCUUUGGCAAGCCGCCAAUGGGGCAGCUCCCAUGGUUCUACCAGAGCCAUUCGGACAGUGGCGGCUACAAUAUAAGCCCUACCCCUGACUGGAGUCGAGGUUUCAACCAGAGCUGGGCAGCUGGGCAGCACCCCUCCUGGAAUGGCCCGCUUACGACUGAUCGCCCAUUCAUUGUCAACAUGACAGAGCUUUCCAAGUUCUACCUAUUUGCCAGUGGGAGCCGCUAUGGCAAUGCUACUAAUCUACUGCUGCAAGACUUGACAACAGAGCUGGUGCCACUCAAUGGCUAUGAACAGACCUUCACUGGUUACCUUGGAAGGCACGUGGAGUCCUUCACAAAGCUGCGCAAGUGCCCUGUCCCUCCUGCUGUGCUUUGUGUGGUUUCAGAAAAGGAGGUGGAGAAAUGCCAUCGCAUGAAGACAGCCUUCAAGUCUCAGAUGCUGAAGCCAGACCUUAACUGUGUACGCAGCCAUAGCCACCUGGGUUGCAUGCACAUGAUACGAGAUGGCCUUGCAGACCUUGUUGUUCUUGAGGCUGGCGACAUAUACCGAGCUGGACAUUCCUUUGGCCUCAUCCCAAUCAUCACCGAGCAGUACAAUUUAGAUGAGCCAUACUACUACGCUGUAGCCGUGACACUCCAAGGGGACAAGGAGACUGAUCUGUUGUACCUCAAAGGCAAAACUUCAUGCCACACUGGCAUCAACCAGGCUGCUGGAUGGGUGGUGCCAUUGAGCUUCCUCAUCAGUAAUGAGCGCAUGAGGUCCUAUGGCUGUGAUUCCGCACGCUCUGCCUCAGAAUUUUUCUCCAAGAGCUGUGUGCCCGGCGCUCUUUCCCGUGAAUUUGUGGGCUCGGAGCGGAGCUACAAGAACCUGUGUGAUCUCUGCCAUGGAACCAGCACUCAUUUCUGCGGCCGGGAUGCUUCGGAGCCCUUCUAUGGCCAUACAGGUGCCUUCCGCUGUCUUGUUGAGGGCGGUGGCCAGAUUGCAUUUGUCAAGCACACAACUGUCUUUGAAAACACAGCUGGUCGCAACAGCAUGUGGUGGGCACGCAACAUCAUGCCUGGUGACUUUGAGCUGGUCUGUCGUGAUGGCUCACGCCAGCCACAGGACAAGUAUGUCCAGUGUAACCUAGGGAAAGUGGCAUCCAAUGCCAUUGUGACAAGCGCAAACAAACCGCAAAGCAUGAUCGAUGCCUACAUCAACCUUUUUGUCUAUGCACAGCAGUUCUAUGGCUCCAAGUACAGCGAGGAUUUCACGUUCAAAAUGUUUGUGUCAGAGGCUGCACAUCGAGACUUGAUCUUUCAAGAUUCAACACAGCAGCUAAAACCGGUGCCUUUACAUAGGCGUAACUAUGCAGAAUAUUUGGGCAGUGACUUUCUUCAAGCAGUCCGUCUUGUGGACUGCUCUGGAGGCUCAAGUGGUGUUCAGUUGUCGAUAGCAAUCAUGUUGGUGUGCAUCCUUUCUUUGAAAUUCUGGGCAUAAUGGUGCUUCAUCUCACUGUUGCUGAAAGGCUGCCUUGAGCCUUUUACAUGGGAAAGACUCCAAACAGUGCUCAUAUUUUUCAUAUAAAUUAAGCGACCUGACCCAAGUCGUGUCAACUUGGAGCUGGGGGAGAAGUACCAGGAAUUACCAGCUCUAAACUUGGUUAAUAUCAAAUGUUCUUUUUAUAGCUGUGGAGGAAAUUAGCAUGUGUAUUCUGAUGUGUUGAGCUUUGCUUUUGAAAGGUUUGCCCUUCUUGCCAUGAGCUAGUGAAGUAUCCAUCAGCCGGAGCUGAAAGCUCUAAGUGUAAGAUAUUUUCACAGUGGUAUGAAUCAUGAUGUACACCUUUUCACCAUUGUAAUACUGUGACUGCCAAGCAGGAAAUAAGCUUUUUUUUUUUUUUUUCUGCUUGUAUGCAUGAGAAAAUAUGGGGAGAAGGAAGCAUUCUGUUUUGUGAGUAGGUGUUAAUGAGGUGAUAGAGUGUAAUCUCAUAGGAAGGCUGCACUUUGCAGGGCACUGUCAACAACAUUAUCACAUCUGAGGCUUUUUAACAUUGUUUUUUAUACAAAUGUUGCACUUGGUAUAUGUUUAAAUACCUGACAUAGGCCUUCUGUGGUCUUGGUGUGCACAUCUUCUGCUGCCUUUUCCUCUCCCCAAAAAACACAUUGCAGUGCUCUUUCCCCCUUUUUUUUUCCCCCAUUAUUUGACUUGCAUGGGACCCUGACGAGUGCAUUCAUGAUGGAUUGUCAUGGCAUGAAAGAAAAAUUUGUCAUCCACUUGCUUUUAGCACAACACCACCCUAUUCUGUCACGUAUGUUGAUUGUGGGUGUAAAAUUGCUUUGUGUAUGGCGAUUAUACUGAAUGUUUCACAUAACUAAAGCUUUUAAAAAGGUGGUAUGUUGUAGAUAGUCAAGGCCAGCAGCAUGUUUUGGGAAGUCGGAAUAAGUUGUAGUGUGUCCUAGUUACAUAACUAGUUAAGAUCAGUUAUGAAACAUGAAAAAAAAUAAUAAUAAUAAUAAACUGCCUGCACUCUUGCAUGCAUGGAUUGUAGCACUGUCACUUGUGUUUUCAACUAAAAAGCCUGCUGUGCUGAGUGUUUUGAUAAGCACAGGCCAUGGCAUCCAGUGUUGACUAGACUGUUCACAUUGGCAUUCUAAAAACAUGAACUGUGACCAUAGCUGUAAAUCAUGCUCUAUAGGCAGAUGACAAAAGCAAGGUAGACAUUUGGGCAAGUUGGUAAGCUUCCAUGGUGAUAUAGGGG